UCCCGCCGCUCCGCGGAACCGCCUCCGGCCCGGCGCGGCCCGGCGCGGGCUCCAGGGAUUCAGUUUGGAAAAUGCCAAGCCGGAAGUUUGCUGAUGGCGAGGUGGUGAUGGGCCGCUGGCCGGGAAGCGUCCUGUACUACGAGGUACAAGUGACCAGCUACGAUGAUGUUGCUCAUCUUUAUACUGUCAAGUACAAAGAUGGAACUGAACUUGCACUGAAGGAAAGUGAUAUAAGGUCGCAGUCAUCAUUCAAGCACAGGAAGAGCCAGUCUUCUUCAAGUUCUCCCUCCAGAAGAAGCAGCAGCAGAUCUCGCUCUCGCUCUCGGUCUCCGGGCCGGCCAGCCAAGGGCAGGCGUCGUUCUGCUUCCCAAAGCAGGGAACACAAGGAGGACAAGAAGAAAGCCAUUCAGGAGACCAGCUUAGCUCUGCCGAAACCGAGUGAGAAUAACACCAAAAGGUACAAUGGUGAACCUGAAAGUACAGAAAAAAAUGCCACAUCCUGCAUCAUCUUGGAGCAAAAGUUGAAACCAGAACUGGAAAUCAAGCGUGUGCUUGAGCAGUACAGCUUGCGUUCGAGGAAAGAUGACAAGAAAAAAGAAGAGAUCUAUUCAGAGAAAAAGACUUUUGUGGCUGUAAAACCAAUUGAGAAAGUAUCAACAAAAACAAAGGAGCUGGAGUUUGGGGGAAGAAUUGGGACCUUCAUGCUGAUGCUUCUCCUGCCUGCUACUGUGUUCUAUUUGCUGUUGAUGUGCAAAGAAGAUGAUCCAAGUCUUCUGAACUUCCCUCCUCUGCCAGCACUUGAGAGUCUUUGGGAUGGGAGGGUGUUUGGUGUCUUUCUUCUCUGGUUUUUCCUUCAAGCUGCGUUUUACUUGCUGCCAAUUGGAAAGGUUGUAGAAGGCCUGCCUCUUUCCAGUGGAAGGAAACUGCAGUACCGGAUAAAUGGGUUUUAUGCUUUUAUUUUGACUGCUGCAGCUAUUGGAGUUUUAUUGUACUUUCAGUUUGAGCUUCACUAUGUGUACGAUCACCUCAUGCAGUUUGCAGCGUCAGCUGCAGCUUUUUCUUUGGCACUGAGCAUUUAUCUGUACGCUCGGUCCCUGAAAGCACCCGAGGAAGAGCUGGCACCAGGUGGAAAUUCUGGGUAUUUUAUUUAUGACUUUUUUACUGGACAUGAGUUAAACCCUCGUAUUGGCAGCUUUGACCUCAAAUACUUCUGUGAGUUGCGUCCAGGAUUAAUUGGCUGGGUUGUUAUAAACUUGGCAAUGCUCUUGGCUGAGAUGAAGAUCCACAAUCUCAGUGUGCCAUCCCUGUCCAUGAUUCUUGUGAACAGCUUCCAGCUUCUCUAUGUGGUGGAUGCUCUUUGGAAUGAGGAAGCUGUUUUGACUACAAUGGACAUUACCCAUGAUGGAUUUGGAUUCAUGCUGGCGUUUGGAGAUCUGGUGUGGGUUCCAUUUGUCUACAGCCUGCAGGCCUUCUACUUAGUGGGUCAUCCCACCACAAUUACUUGGCCUGUUGCUGCUGCAAUUACUGUUCUGAACUGUAUUGGGUAUUACAUCUUCCGCAGUGCAAAUUCUCAGAAAAACAAUUUCCGACGGAAUCCAGCAGAUCCCAAAUUGGCCAAUCUGAAAUUCAUACCCACUGCAACUGGAAAAGGGCUUCUUGUCACGGGUUGGUGGGGUUUUGUUCGUCACCCUAAUUACCUCGGUGACAUCAUCAUGGCUCUGGCAUGGUCCCUACCCUGUGGUUUUAAUCACAUUUUACCCUAUUUCUACGUGAUCUAUUUCAUCUGCCUGCUUGUCCAUCGAGAGGCUCGUGAUGAGCACCACUGUAAGCAGAAGUACGGCUUGGCCUGGGAGCGGUACUGCCAGCGCGUCCCGUACCGCAUAUUCCCCUACAUCUACUAGAGCACUCCGGGGGCUGGGCCACGUUCCUGCUACACUUGGAUUCCUUGCAGAGAAACAUACCUCUUACCUUUGCACUUGGGCAUUUGGUAUUUAGGCUUUUAAAGAAAACAAAACAAACA